CAACAAUGCCAAACGCGUUCUUGGAGGCCGUUCGCCGCGCUCGCUCGCUGGCCAACAAGACUGCGCUCAUUAUCGGCGAUGAGAGCGUCACUUACGCGCAGCUGUACCGCCGCAUCCGAGCCGUCGUUGCGCUGCUUCGCUCGAGCGGGAUCAAGCCAGGCGACCGCGUUCUCGCGACGGUUGCGCUGUCGUUCGACUUUUACGCAGUCGCGCUGGCGUGCAUGUGCCACGGCGCCAUCCUCGUUGUCAUUGACCCAGAAAUCGGGCUCAAGCGCGUCAAUCACUGCAUUGCGGCCGUCCAGCCAGCGGCGUGGAUUCGAAUGAAGGGAUCGUACUGGUACCUCAGAGUGCUCCUCCCGGCAAUCAACUCGAUUCCAAGGCACCUCGUUCUGUCAGAGAGCUACUUGCAGGCCGGUGGCGUCCCGACGACCAGCAGCGCUGCUCUGCUGGCAGACGGCGCAGUCAAGGAGUCGGAGGAUUCGAACAAGCGCUCUUCCGGCCGCGCGAAUGCCGAUGCGGCCAAGCGUUCGAACAGCGCAGAUGCAGACAACGAUCUGGCAACCACUCCCGCGACGCCAGGCCGCGUUCUGCGCAGCACAGCCUCAGGGCGCUCCAAGGCUCAGUCUGCAGCCCAAGCUCAGACACCUCAAGCAGCAGUGCCGUCCUCCUCCUCCUCCUCCUCCUCCUCCUCCUCCUCCUCCGAUAUUGGAUGGGAAGGAAUCACCGAGUCCGACGUCUGCUCGGAUGUCGAGUACGCGCUCGUCACCUUCACAACGGGCAGCACGGGCAAUCCCAAGCCGCUCUUCCGCCGCCACUCAUUCCUGUCGCUCCAGUCCAAAGCCAUCAGCGAGUGCUACGAUAAGUGGAUGAAGUCGGGCUCGGAGGUUCGCAGCGAGCAGGACGAGAUUGUCUUCACCAACCUCAACAUCUUUGCCUUGCAUUUUCUGCUGACGGGCGGCACCUGUCUGCUUCAGCCCACCGUGAGCCCCACCAGCCCUGCCGUGUCGGUCGGUCGCAUGGCGUUGCAUCGCUGCACGCUGGCUGCUGGAUCUCCAGCCGUCAUGGAGGCGCUGGCGCGAUUCUGCGUCAAAUCCAACGUCAAGCUGCCCGUGCGCAAGAUUGUCGUCGGCGGCGCCCCCGUCUAUCGCGAGACGCUUGAUGUUUUGAUGCAGGCUGUGCCCAGUCGACAAGUCAUUGUCGUCUACGGCAGUACAGAGGCCGAGCCCAUUUCGCUUGCGCAUGCCGCGCUCAAGCAGAUUGUCGAGACGCCCAACGCAAUCGGCCAUUGCGUCGGUUUGCCGUUUGUUCCAAAUGGAGUGGCCGUCAUUCGCUCUUCCGACGGCGAUCUACACACCGAGACCUUGGCUUCGCUGCGUCUCAAGACUGGUGAAAUUGGCGAGAUUGUCGUGGCUGGCUGGCAGGUCAACACCGAAGAAGUCACCGAUGCUCGUCUGGUGUACGACGGCUCGCAAAAGUGGCUGCGCACGGGCGACGCUGGUUACCUCGACCGCGAUGGCAAUCUGUGGCUGACAGGCCGACUGUCUUGGCGCGUUGUUCGUGGCGAUAAGACCUAUUGGUCUAUCGAUGUGGAGCAAAGCAUUCUGCAACGAUUUUCUCCAGUCGUGACGUUCGCCGCCUAUCUCACUCACAAAAACAAAGCCCACCUCUUUGUCGAAGUCCCGCAAGGAAUCGAUAAGGCCACCUCCAACGGCAUUUAUCGAUACAUUGUCGAUUCUGGCAUCCCGGUUGAUCGGUUUGUCAUCAAGCGCAAGAUUCAGCGCGACAAGCGCCAUGCGUCGAAGGCCGACACGGCUGCGCUCUUCCAAUCCCAGCUACGAACCAACCAGCUUCGCAUUUUGCUCGCGUUGGCCAUCUCUGUUUUCAUUUAUUGGUAUCUGUUGCAAGUAUGGGUGUAGUUGAUUUCCUGUCUCAGUACAAUGCAAGUGCUUCGGUUGUUUUGAAUCAUUCUUUUGUUGCUUGUGGGCGAUUAUUCAC